AUGGCUAUCGGGGCGUUGUCCAACAGCAGAUACAACGCCGUAGAUGAGGAAGCCAGAGCGGAAGUUGACGUGUUGAACUCCAGACUUGACCGAACCUCGCAAUUGACCAAGAAGAUCCAGGCCUCCCUUGGCCGACUCGAAGCCACAGGCCAAAGCGUUCGAGAUGUCGCCGGCCCUCUGAACGGGGAGACGAGACGUCUCCAGACACUCUGCAAAAAUGUCGAAUCUGUGCUUACGGCCAUUGAUCGCCUGCGCCAGCCCUCGGACAGCAAAGAUGACGAAGAGCAAAUCAUUCGUUCUGGGCCUGAAAAGGCAGGCCUGUCGAACUAUUUGGCCUCCAUCAAGCGGCUGAGCAACUCGUACAAGGAAAUGCAGACUUCGAAUCUCCGCGCGAACCAAGGCACGAUGGCGGAGCUGACCCGCCUCAUCAAGCUGGGAAAUUCGCAGCUAGAGAACCACUUCGACAAGAUCCUUCGCGCCGAAACCCCUCGAUCGCUAGAGCCACUCCAUUACAUCACCAAAGACAAGCCGUUCCCCGUGCUUUCACAAGACAAGGUCGCCCGGUUAGGCCUCGUCUAUUCCCAUGUCGCCGGGGAUUAUCCCAACAGCUUCGACUCGUCUGUCGCGAGGAUAUAUGCUGAUGUACGAGGGCCUUAUUUGGCUGCCUCUCUCGCUAAUCUAGCUGCAGCCAGUGUCAAUACUGCCAAAAAGAAGAAUCCGGGCGACGUGUACCAAGCAGGUGCAAAUGGUAUCGGAACGUACACCCAGGCCAUGGAGGGCAUCUUCCUCUCAGAAUACGAUAACAUCUGCAGCAUCUUCAAACGCGAGGACUGGGGCCCCAUAUUGCAGGCAACCUGCCAGGGUGCCAUUACUGAAUUGGCCAGAACUUUACGCGAGCUCAAUACACACAUUAAAUCUCAUCUUACGACUGACUGCUAUAUGGCCUAUGAGGUUACCGAAAUCAUUUCUGGCUUAUCGAGUAACCUUGAUAAAAGGACGGGCGAACUAAAGAAUUCACUGUCUGCUGCGCUAAAACCAGUUCGUGAGACGGCCAAGUCAUCUCUCUCCGAAUUAUUAGAGGAAACCAGACGAAAGAUUGGAAAUCUGCAGACACUUUCAUCAGAUGGCGUGACACCCCCUAUUGUUGCGGAGACGAUGCAGCGAUUAAUCUCCAUGGUGGAAUUCCUUGGACCGAUAUCAAGCAUCAUGAUAUCCCUUGGGGAUGGGGGUUGGAAGCCGGGGGCUGCUCCUGGUCGGACAACGGAAGGAAUCCCGAGUUUGGCUUCUUUUGAUGUCGGCGCCGACGGCAAAGAGCUCUUCGCCCAUUACUGCCUGGAUACUAUUGAUGUUCUGCUCACCUCUCUGAACCAAAAAUCUCAGAUGCUGCUCAGAAACAAGUCUCUACUAGGCGUGUUCAUGGCCAACAGUGUUGUCGUAAUCGAGCAUAUGAUCCGCAGCUCGGAGCUUGCUUCACUGCUCGAUCCACGGCCGGAAGUCCUUGACCAAUGGAGGAAGAGGGCCACUGCCCAGUAUACUGAUAUCUGUAAAGAUUUAUCGGUAUAUCUAUUCGAUACCAUUCAUACAAAUCGAACCAAGCGUCCAACUUCCGGCCAUGCUGAUACCGCCGAUUCGGCCUCGGUAGUAAAGGGUCUGAACAGCAAGGACAAGGACAAGAUUAAAGAAAAAUUUACGCAGUUCAACAAUGCGUUCGAUGACAUGGUGGCUAAGCACAAGUCUUACAAUAUGGAGCGUGAAGUACGGGUAAUGUUUGGCCAAGACAUUCGCCAGAAGCUCCAGCCCUUGUAUGACAGAUUUUGGGAUCGUUAUCAUGAGAUUGAUAAAGGCAAGGGCAAAUAUGUCAAGUAUGACAAGUCGUCUAUUGCGGCUGUGUUUGCAAGCCUCGCUUCCUAG